AUGGCUUCUCUCUCAGUCCAGGAGAAAAAGCCAACACCAUUCACGACUCUUGCUAAAAAGUACGGUCAUCCCGUCGGAAAGUCUGGUAAACUGAACCACAAAAUUCUGAAGAACACAGGGAAGAGCGGUUUGACUCCAUUGAGUCCCUUCCCUUCAAGCCCUGGCCAACGUUCCCCAAAUCAGUGGAUCAAAAGGAGACUACGCGAGUAUCAACAACGCCGAUACUUCGGUUUCACAGCUGCAGAAUUGGGGCGCAUGGAAUCCAUGGCUGCAUUAAAUACGAGCCAGAUAUUGAGCACACUUGAAAAUCCCAUCCAUCCCAUGUUCGAAAAGACUAAGUGGGAUACCGAAAGCACAUUACCGAAACACCAGAGUUUUCUGCCCCUUCUAGGAGGAUAUGAAGGCCUAUGGCAGGUCGACAACCCCGAGGUGUGGGAGAUACUGAGAUCUCCAUUACAGCUCGCGUCGAGGCUUCUUGUGGAUGCUUCUUAUUGGCCAUGGUGGGAUGCGCUCUUCAAUGGCGAGUACAAGCCCAUUGAAAAUUCGCGGAAGCCAAUAGACCGGGUCAAACAAUUUCUCUUAAGUUUCCACCAACGUGGCCCGGCGCUUCGCAAUGACCCCGAAGCGUUGGAGGAGCUGCAACGGCAGAUACUUGAGGCGUCCGAAAAGAUCAGGUUUGGAUUGCAUAGUGGGUAUGCACGGGGUGAUACUGGGAUGCCUUAUGAUCUAAAGCAGGAUCAUAUCCACUAUGGGGAGACUGUGCCCGCUUCUAUAUACCCAUAUACUAAGGUAUGGUUGGGGGUAGAGAUUCUGCAGCCACUUUUGAGAAGAGAUCUCACUGAUGCGGAACGAGUUGCUACUACCCUCAUUCACGAAUGUGCACACGCAGUCUGGGAUACGAUGGCAGAAUUGCUCCCUAAUAUCGGGCCUACAGAGCCAUAUUUUGAAGAUGAGCCCCUAUUUGAACUUGGCUGGUCAUUAGAAGACAAGCUCUGGGGCGGCUACGGACGAGACAUCGUCAGCUCCAACAUGUGGCAAGGCGGCCCAGGUCUUCCUAACAUGGGAAUCCUGGCUACCAAAUGGUUCACGCAGAAGAGCGAGCGUAACCUCUACAAGCCCAUCGUCCUAGCACACAAAGCACCCGCUGCAGGAGAGCCAGAUCCUUACUACUGCUUUGACUACUGGCCCGUGCCCGUCACAUAUCAGACCAACCUGUUCCAAUCCGAAUUCUGGGACCGCUCGGUGCGUGCUAUGGGAGCGAGGGCGACGCAGUUCGGUCCUUUGUCGGUAGGUAUGCGCCUGCUGGCCGAGGAUCGUGAGGCGCCGGAGAACUAUCAGAUCAUUCUGCAACCAGCGAUGAGGAUAGAGGAAAAUCUCACCCAGCACGUUAUCCAUGAUGGAAUGACGGAGAGCGAGAAAGCAGGCUGGGAAUUUGAGAAUAAAAGACGAAGUCAAGCCCUGUUGAUCUUCUACUCAAUCGCCACGGGAAGCGAAACUGAACCAUUAGCUGUACCUCCCAAUCAGCCGAAGGAUCCCGGGACGGAAGCUCAAGGUGUGCAGGUAGAAGAUGAGGGGAUUCCGGAUUGCCCCCGCUGGACGGAGAUCCUUAAUUAUCUGUUAAAUAAUAGAGGACCGCUGGAGUUGGCUUUGGAUUCCUUGACCUUUGAAAUUCCAGAACCGACACUCUAUAGAUAUAUCUUGAAUAGAGGCGGACUUGACAUUUCUCCCACUGAGUGGAGGGCUUUCCUCAGGACUGCGAAUCAUAAAGGGGAAUAUUUCAGAUGGACAACCAAACCCAACAACUGGUUCGGUCUAGUCACCCGAAUCCCCCACAGCUGGCCCCCCAACAAGCAGCAGGCUUACCUCCCCCCACCACCCCGCGCCCUCCCCUCGGCCGACGACAUCGACUCCUUCACCACCGCCUGGACCGACCCCAACUUCCUCACCGGCCUGUACACGCACAUGCGCGAGUUCCGCGAUGUAGACCACGACACGCUACGACGCAUCAUGAAUCGCUAUCGUCACGAACCCUUCCAUAUCCAUGCUUGUGAUAUGGAGGAUUUGAUCGCCAAGUUUGCGGCUGAGGGGACGUAUAUCGUACAUGGUCCUGUUGGAAUCGCGCGGGUGAUACAUCCCAUACCCGAGAAUAUCAAAGAGAGUGUAAAGAGGGAGGAAGAAAGUAUGAUAAAAGAGCAAGAAGAAGAUGAUGAUUCGUCGGAGAGUGAGGACUCGGAUAUGCAAGAUGGGCGUGGGGAGGAAGAUAAAACUAUGCAGGAUAACGUUGAUAACCAGGUUUUAGAGGAGAUGGAUGCGUAUAUGUCAGGGGCGCUUAUGGAGCCGGAUAUGGAUUGGGCUAUUGUGUGAUGAUGGGGAGAUUUAGAGGGGUGCGGGGGUCGAUGUGCAGUGUGGGAUAGUGUGAUAUGGCUCUCUCUAAGGAUGUAGAGAGUAGUAAGGAGUCAAUGUUUGGAUAAUCUUGAUAUUUAUGGUAGAUGGAUUUGAAUUCAUGCUAUAAUUUGGAG